CCAACUGCCAAAACAUCCAUCCCCUCUCUCACGCCGUCAACAUCCCCCACACCACUGCUAUUGCUACCACCUUCAACUGCUGACCAAAUAUAAGAACGUAGUAGUACUGAUGCACACAGCCUACCAUGGCGCCGCUUGAACAGCAAUGGGUCAAAGUCCAACAGAAGACCUUCACAAAAUGGCUCAACAGUAAACUCAAGAUCAGAGAAGUAGAGAUUGAGGACUUGAUUAAGGAUCUCUCCGAUGGCAUUGUCCUUAUCCACCUCCUCGAAAUCCUGGGCAACGAGUCCCUCGGCCGCUAUGCCUCCCGACCGAAGCUCCGCGUACAGAAAUUCGAGAAUGUCAACAAGUCUCUCGACUUCAUCCGAAACAGGGGGAUCCAGAUGACCAACAUUGGUGCAGAGGAUGUUGUCGACGGAAAUAGCAAGAUUAUUCUUGGCCUCAUAUGGACACUAAUUCUGCGAUUCACAAUUAGUGACAUUAGCGAAGAGGGUCUAAGUGCUAAAGAGGGUCUCCUCCUGUGGUGUCAACGGAAGACUGCGUGCUAUGACGAGGUUGAGGUUAGAGACUUCUCGUCGAGUUGGAAUGAUGGCCUGGCAUUCUGCGCCCUCUUGGAUAUCCACCGCCCCGACUUGAUCGACUACGACGCAUUGGACAAGAGCGACCACCGAGGUAACAUGCAACUAGCUUUCGAUAUCGCAAGCAAGGAGAUCGGUAUCCCCGAUUUGCUCGAUGUAGAAGAUGUCUGCGACGUCGCCAAACCCGAUGAACGUUCGUUGAUGACUUACAUUGCCUACUGGUUCCAUGCCUUCUCUCAGAUGGAGCGCGUCGAGAACGCCGGUCGCCGAGUGGAGAAGUUCGUACAAAAUAUGCAAGGAGCUUGGGAAAUGCAGAACAACUUUGAGAAGCGCAUGCGGGAACUCCUUCGCCAGAUCGCCGAGCAGCGGACGCAGUGGGAGGAGGCUCAUUUCGAUGGUACAUACAUCGAUGCUAAGGCUCAGUCCGCCGAGUUCACGGGCUACAAGCGGAAGAACAAGCGGACUUGGGUUGCGGAGAAGUCAGACCUGGUGGGUCUCUUGGGAAACAUCAAGACUAAACUCUCUACGUACCGACUGCGACCAUACGAGCCUCCAGCCGAGCUCAGUCUCGAAGCUUUGGAUACCGCGUGGGCAGGGCUCAUGAAGGCCGAACGUGACCGUUCGCAAAUCAUAAACGAGACGAUUCGAGAUAUCAAGAACGCUCUCCGCAAAUCUUUUGCUGACAAGGCAAACGAUUUUGCGCUGGCUCUGAAUACGCUCUCGACCUCCAUAUCUGGACUUGAAGGCGAUGUUGAGGAUCAACUGGCCCAUACGCAACAGCUUAGCAAGUCCCUACAGCCAUUGGAUGAAUACUUGAACAUCAUUGCUGGUAUCGACGAUCAGUGCGCCGAAGCUAACAUUGAAGAGAACGACUUCACAACAUACACAUACGAUGAACUAGAAUAUGAGCUAGGUCUUGUACGUUCGUCUGUUUCUAAGAAGCUCGCUUUUCUCGAGAACCAGAUGGUUGCGCGCAACAUGACGAAUCUUACGCCGAUUCAAUUGGAGGAGUUUGAGUCCGUUUUCAGGCAUUUCGACCGCGACGUAUCUAAUUCGCUGGCGGAAUUGGAAUUCUCGGCAGCAUUGGCAAGUCUGGGACUCGUAUACGAUGAGGAAGAGAUGCACAGCAAGUUCCGUGAGACAAGCGGCGGUCGAGACUAUGUCACUUUCGAGCAGUUCAUUCGCUUUAUGGUGGACGAGACCGAAGACCAGAACACAGCCGAGCAAGUAUUCGAAUCGUUCAAAGAGGUUGCUGACGGCAAGCCAUAUGUGACUGAGCUUGACCUCCGCCACUCGCUUGUUCCCGACGAGAUCAUCGAAGACCUCGUAUCUACCAUGCCUACCCACAAAGGCCCCGACAUGCAAGAAGACAGAGAUGUGGCGAAAUACGACUACAUCACUUACAUGGAUCGAUACAUGGGUGGUAACGGCCACGGCAAUGGCCAGGUAAAUGGUGACUAGCUGAUCACCUUUUGAAGAGCCUCUGUCUUCUCAGCGAAUGGCAUAGGCAACACCCGCCUAGGCGAUGGAUUUCCUCAGACAGCGUUCGACACAUUCUGUUUCCAGCGCAUGAUACUUUCGAUUUUUGCAUACAGGUUCGCGGCUGCGACCACACCGGAGUUUCUCCCUUCUUCAAAUGGACAUGUAGGGGGGAACCUGGGUAUCUUGUUCUGUCUUCAUAGGUCGUUUUUGGUUGGAUUUGGAAAUGGAUAUUCAGCGAGCAAGCGAGCAUCAAAAUGUUCGUUAUCACUUGCACAGGAACAUCUCCCUCUUCUGGCCGGCUCAAAGGUUGUAGGGAAAAGAGGCGCGCGAAGGAGCGGACCAGCAUGGCAUGUAUGUAUUUUGUGUAGUUUAUACCCCCAUCAACACCCACGGCUCUCACAAAAGACCUUAUCUUCAUUUGAAAGAGUAUCAAUAUGUAAUGUAUAAUGCCC